GAGCCAGCAAAGAGGCGUCAGUUGUCAGUCAGAGCCCGGCGGGAAACUCGAGCAGUUCCGGGUGCAGUGGACCGGCUCGCAGAUUCCAGGUUUGGAGGAAGUAUCCUUUCCUUUUGAUGACUAUUAAACUUGAGUUUUGUAGCUUGUGGUAUGACCCAAGCAACUUCCAUUCCACCUUCUAGUUUUGGAUUUGAUUACUGGUUGAAUAAGUCUGUUGAAUGGGGCCAGGCCACUACUUUUGAAUCCCAGCAAGAUGUCUGCCUGCACCUACCUAAAUUACAGAAGUUCCUGAAGCAGAUUUAUGGAGCCAUACAGCAUAUGAAGACGACUGCGGCAUUGAAAUCAUUUCCAAUGAUUGGCCAGUUGCUGGGCAGACUUUGUUGGAACCCAUUUGUUGUAGCACAUGAUGGGAGCCAUCAGAACCUGUUGGAGUGCGUGUGGUGUCUGUACAGUGCAGACCCUGAGAAUGCAGUGGAACAAAAAGCUAAUGACUGGAUUUGGAACUUGCUGCAGAGCAUGAUCAGCGUAGACCAGGAAGAUAGAGAUUUUAUCCGGAGUUUACAUUACCCAGAGGAGGAGUACCACCUUAAAUUAUUGAAAAAUAUGGUCUCUUCUCUGGUGAAGCAACUUCAAGACGAUCAAUGUGACAGAAGUUCCAUGUUUUUGAGGUUACCCUCAGAACGAUGGAGGAACAUCUCUAUUCUCUGUUUACCUAUUAUUACUUUACCUGAGGUUGUUCCGUUGAUGGAAAGUCUUCUAAGUUGUCGUGACAAUGGUUUGGAUGAAACUCUCAGCACAGAGUUCCUAGAAACUGUCAGCAAUUGCUUUCUGCAAAAAAAGAUUCUCCUGUCUGAGUCUGCAGUUGUGAACUUGUGGCUGCGCUACCUUCCUAGUCUGGAACAGACUGUUCUGCAUCUUAUCGAAUCUUUGGUAUCUCAUCCAUGUGUUUCUUUAGUGGAACUUGAAGCCAUCAUCACAGACUCAUUACUGCCGAAAGUAUCAGCCGAUCAUCCUUCACUAUUUAGGGUAAUUGAUAAUUAUUUCAGGACCAUUCUACUGGAGACUGAUGGGCAUCCUAAGAUUAUAACCAUUAUACAAGCAUUUACUCGGUGUUUUGUUCAAGUUCUGCUGCAGGUGCAAACUCAGAUGCCGCUGAAACUCUACUUUCCACUUAAUCAACAGUCCUUUGUGGUGGCACUAUUAACAAAUCCAUCAGAUGUUCCACCAGAGGCCUGGUGCCGGCACCUAAUUACUAUUGUUCAAAUGCUGAAAAGGAUUGUACAGGAUGAAAAAGUCAAAAGAACCACCGCAAAUUUCUUUGAGAACUGGUUUUUACUGGUUCACUUUGGAGACUGGUUGAAUAUUGCCUUACAGCAGUUGAUGAUAGCUGAUGAUCCCCACGAAGUUCUCCUUUGGCUUUUCAUAUUCUACCAUAAGCCACUAAUGGAAAACCAACAAGAGAAACAAUUAAUGGAGGAGGUGAAAUGUGUGUACAGUCAACUGAAAAUUCUCAGCACCAUGGCAAACUUGAAGCCAGAAGAUGUGCAAACUGCUUUAUUCACUAACACAGUAUUUGCAAAAAGAGGUCACCUGAAAGAUCUCACCAGUCAGCUACUUGUGAGUUUUAUAUUGUUUACAGAAGGAGGAAACAGAAUAGCAAAGCAGUCUUUCCAACUGUUCACCUCGGGUGGAGACAGCUUGGAUGGAGUAUCUCAACUGUUGGUUAGCACUGCUCAUAGAUUAAAGAACACAAAAUGCAGGCGAGCGGAAGACAGAAUGGUGCAAGUCACCGUUGAACUUCUGCAACAUCUGCUUCUGGAAACCAAUGUAACAGUACAAUGAAGUGAUGCCCUGCAUCAAAGAACAAUUAUUUAGUCAGUCUGAUUCCUUCAACCAUUUUAUUGCAGAUGUUCAAACAUUUGUACUAAUAGAUUGGCUUGUAAUAAAGUCUGAAAGAUGUUAUCCAUAAUAAACAUUAAAAUAAAACAAACCUGGCUAUAAAUAAUCUUGGCAAGUGCAAUUCUGAACCCCAGUGGACCUGUCAGCAAAAUUGGUCUGAAGCAACUUAUAGCUAAAUUAAUGUCAGAUGCAGGUUGUAAAAACAUCUAUUAGAAGUCUAUGCUGCUUUCACAUUCCUACUGUCUGCCUUGAAUAAACUGGAGUUGUUUAUAUUG